AGGUUGCGCCGUGAACAAGGGUCCUCUCCUGCUGACUGACACACGUGUGUGUAUGUGGUCAACAUGGCCGAUUUACAGAUGAAGCUUCUCCGGAAGAAAAUACAGAAAAGAAAUGAAAAAAACAAAGAGCGCAAGUUACUCAAGAAGCACACAUUGGACGAAGAGUCUGUAAGGUCAGAAGGAGUGGAGGAGAAAUGCACUCAAGAAGCAUGUGAAGCUGAGACUAAACUCGUCCAGGAACAGCAGAAGCAGGAAGAUGAGCCAGUUGACGUUCCUGCAUCUGCCCAGGGAAACUCUGUAAAGCAAAAGAAGAAAAAGAAAAGAAAGGCGCCUCUCACGGCUGAAUCACCGGCUGAGAAAAAGGUCAAAAGUAUGCACCAAGUAAAUGGGCAACAUGAGAUGGAGGAAGAGGAGGAACCUGUCAAACCACAGGAGCAGGAGGGGGAUGUUGAGGAUCUACCUGAGCUACCGUCUGGCUUGACAGGUAUAUAUGUCAUUUUAUUUUAUUUAACUUUUAAACCCUCAUUCAGACUGUUCACUUGUGAUUUGGAGCAUUUUCCAGCUGGUUUGUGGGAAAAAGUGGUGAAAUUGUGCUUUGCUGUUUAUAUUACAUGUGUACAUUUUUGAAACUUGCAAAUACUGAUUUUGCCAACUUUGUAAAGGUGACAAUAUUGUAGCGAUGUAGCAUGCAUAGUUUUAGACAUGAAUUCUGAUGCCUUAAAGUGUUGCCCUUUCAAUGUUUCCAUCAUGAAAUGGGUGUCAGUCAAGGCUGACAUGAAUUCUUGUGGUUGUCUUUGAGAUGAGGAGUCACCCCUGAUUCCCCUGAUAAAGCCUGCAAGUACAUGUUUUAUUG